AUGCAAAAUCAGACAUUUGUCACUGAGUUCAUCAUCUUGGGGCUUUCUCAGAACCCAAAAGUUGAGAAAAUCCUGUUUGUUGUAUUUUUGUUGGUCUACUUUGCAACUAUAGGGGGCAACAUGAUAAUUGUGGUAACCAUUAUCCAUAGCCCUGCAUUGCUAGGAUCCCCAAUGUACUUCUUCUUGGCAUUCCUGUCAUUCCUGGAUGCAUGUGUUUCUUCUACUGUCACACCCAAAAUGAUAAUAGACUUCCUAUGUGAGAAGAAAGUCAUCUCUUUUGAAUGUUGCAUGACACAAUUGUUUUCAGUCCAUUUCUUCUCAGGUGCAGAAAUGAUUGUCUUGGCUGCCAUGGCUUAUGAUCACUAUGUGGCCAUUUGCAAGCCCUUGCAUUACUCCUCCAUCCUUACUCGGAAGCUGUGUAGCAUUUUGGUGGCAAUAUCCUGCAGAGGCUUCUUACAUUCUAUUAUACAAAUUAUUUUCACAUUGCAGCUGCCUUUAUGUGGCCCCAAUAUCAUUGAUCAUUACAUGUGUGACUUGUUUCCAUUGCUGAAGCUUGCCUGCACUGACACUCAUAUAUUUGUCCUUUUAGUGUUUGCGAACAGUGGGGCUAUCUGCAUCAUAAUCUUCUCCUUAUUGAUUGUCUCCUAUGGUGUCAUCCUGUUCUCUCUCAGAGCACACAGCUCUGAAGGUCGACCUAAAGCUCUUUCUACUUGUGGAGCCCAUGUUACCAUUGUGGUUUUGUUCCUUGUUCCAUGCAUAUUAAUAUAUGCACGGGAUACAUCUGCAUUUUCCUUUGAGAAAAACACGCUUAUAUUUGUCAAUGUCCUGACAUCAUUGCUAAAUCCUAUGGUUUACACAUUCAGAAAUAAGGAUAUGAUAAAUGCCAUAAGAAAAAUGUGGAAGAGAUUAAGAGAUUUUUGUGAGAUUUUAAUAUGUUUUUAA